CCAUAUGAGACUUGUGAUCAAGAGCUUCCCUUCCCUCUGUCUCUGGCUCCUGGGUGUGUCCUGCAGCCCCAGGAGGAUCCUCCCUGGGGGGGCAGUUUCCCCAGCCUGUGGGAGAGCAGAGAGCAAUUUUGUGGGACUGGAGUUGUUCUGCCUCCACUUCUGCACAGCUGCUGCAGUGCUGUUGGGCUGCAGGUUGGCUUUUUUCCCUGCUGCGAGGCCUGAGGCUGAUGGAGGAGCAGGCUUUGGGUUGGCCCCUCCUGCAGCAUCGAGCCGUGCAGAGCCGGGGCCUGCUCGUCUCCCUUUCCCAGCAAGCCCUGUCAGAGGCACCCCGGUGGCUCAGCAAGGCCUGACUCACAGCCAGCAGCUUCCUCUUGGGUGACAGCAGCAAUUCCUCUGUGCAUCAGAGCCCCAGGGCCGGGGGAGUGGGUUUUGGCUGGGUGGUCCCCAGUGGGGAGCUGGUUCCUAGCACCAUGCCCAACCUGGGUGCUGUGAGGGGGUGGAGCCAGGCCCCAGGGUGUUUGGGGCUGGGUACCCUCUGGGCACGCGAUGCCUAGGGCCACCCUGGCCCUUGAGCAAUUUCCCUGAUAAGUGCUUGCUGCCCUUUCCUGGAAGAGAAACAAGCCUCCGUGGCCGAACUAGUUCCUUAACACAACUGGGAUCUGCGAAAAGGAAAUGGUGCUGGGCUCGGAGCGGGGCGGGGGGGCAAGGGUAAGCCGUGAGCGGAGGAAGGAGUUUGCUCUGUGGUUGCAGAGCCUUCUGCUGACUCAAGCACAACACCCUGGCCAGCCGGACACUGCGCUGCGCCGAGCACCGCCACGGAGGUGUGGGGGGCCCGUCUGGGCCGCAGCGCAGGGAUGUCUGCCUGCCUCGUGCUCGCCUUGGCGCUGCUCCUCCAGGUCCAAGCGGCAGAGGCCCUGAUGGAGCCGGAGCUGUGCUACAUCCUGGACGCCAUCCUCUUCAUCUACGGCAUCGUCCUCACCGUCCUUUACUGCCGCCUGAAGAUCCAGGUUCAGAGAGCGUCAAAGGACGUUUCCAGGGCAGGCGGGGAGCAGAAAGGAGAAGCCAUCUACACCGGGCUCAGCAUGGAAAGCCAGGAGAUGUACGAAACCCUCCAGCCUAAAAGCUCCUAGGGGCCGCGGAGCGAUGCGGACCCCCGGCAUUGCUGCGAGGGCUUCCCUGCGCCCUGGCCCUCCCCGCCGCCCACUGUGCCAGGCUCAUCUCGGCCUCGCCGUUUCCAGCACAGAAGAGCUGCAGAUGUUCCUCCUUGACCCUCGUGCUUGGCAAUGACCCCCGAAAUAGCCCUCCCCGAAGGCCGAAGUGGACUCUGCUGCCCUCCUCCAUCCUCCCCGCUCUCAGCUGGAUCUGUUUGGGGGAGGUUGUAGCAGCAUGGCCACUUGUCCCUUUUGGGUUUUUCCACCCCAAAAUGGGCUGCUGAGCCCCAAAAAUCCACAUUUACAAAUUCUGCCAUAGAAAACCUGGCAGCCCCCCAUAACAGGGAAGAGGGAAAUGGUCUCCAGAGAAAAGCACUGAGUUCCUUGCCCAGGACUGAGCCGGGAAGAGCUGGAGGAAGCCUUUGGCCUGAGGGUCGGCCGAGGGAGAUGUCCCCAGGUGUCCCACGGCGGGCCAGAGGUGACACAAGGGACACCUCGUCCCGGGGCUGCCUGUGCCUCCCUUGCCAGGGCCUUUCGCCUCUGUGUGGUGCGAGUGUGGAGUUGGAGCCUUUUCUGGGUGGGAAAAGGCCAGUUUGCAGCCCUGGGUCCCCAAGCUGGGCAGCAGAGCCCUGCGCAACCCCUACAUCCCUUGUUGCUGUGAAACAGCCCUUCCUAAAGAACCGGCACGUCUGAUGCUAGUGUCUCUAUUUAAAGAUGCCCCCAGAGCUCCCAUCGUGACAGGACGUGUUGAGUUUUUGAGGAAAUAAAGCUCU